AUGCUGCCCUGCAGACGCAGCCGCAGCCGCAGUGCCCGCCGAAAAAUCCUGGACGGCCUGAUUGACAGGGGCGACAUUCGCAGCAGCGAUGUUGACAACCGAGCCAUGGAUGCCCUGGAAGACCUGGGCGAUGCCGCUGCCACAAACGCUGUGGAACGCUUCGCAGAAGCAAACUUCUCGCGCAUCAACAACAAGAAUGGCUUCUUGAUGGGCAUCAUCCGCAGGGUGCAAGAGGACGGCCCAGAUCGGGGCAACGUUGACCUGGACAUCCUGCCGCGGUCUGUGCGAUACAAGCUCCGCGACAUUAUGGAUGAUGGUCGCAUCGGCAAGAACGAUAUUGAUGCUCGCAUGCUGAAGGCACUGGCAGACCUGCCAGUGGACCUCGGCAUUGAAGCCGUGGACAAGUUUGCCAUGGCUAGCCUUGACAGCGUCCGCAGCAAGACCGGCUUCAUGAUGGGGAUCAUCAAGCGCAUUCAGGAGGACCUCUCUACACGCUACCGCGGACGCGACACUUAUGACAGGCACGCAGUGUUCAUCCACUUUCAUUUGGUACUGGCACCCUUGCAUGCCAAGCACCUUGCUCAACAUGCCAAUAACCGCUGA